CGUUGCAUGACCAUAUAGACAGGCUUCAAAAGGAGAACAAAGCUUUAGUUCGAAACCAGCAUGUGUGCUCCAGGUGUCAUCAGUCACAGUCCCCCAGUCGGCCACGAACAACUGCCAUAGAUGUCUCACAGACAACUCAGAAAAACAUGACAGCCAACAGUACGGCAGGCAACGGUGCAAACACAGCCAUCCAGGAUCAUGUUAAGCAUAGUGUUGAAAUCUCAAAUGGUUCCCAUGAAUAUUCAAAUGGCAGUCUCUCUUCAGCAUCUUGUCAAAGAAGUUCUCUCCCCAAGAGACUGCGACAGUGUGAUGAUCACUCAAAGUGUAGCAAACGAACCAAGGUUUCGACUUCCAAUGUAGAAGAAGAUGUGCAGAUUGGCAGGGAUGGUGUUAGAGCUGGGUAUGAUAGAGACAGAUUUCACGGGGACCAGAGUCUAGAGAAGAAUUUGCAGGCAGCGACAUUGCAGCCUCGAUGUGAGCGAUUGAUGCCGCAAGGCUUCAUUUGUGACGAAGUCAGGGUUCCCUCUAGAGGUGAACAGAGCAUUCACACCGAAUCUUUGUGUAAGGAAGAUAAACAGACCGUCUCUACAGGUGAUAGAACUUUAGCUAAACAAGGCGAAUCGGGCAAUAACAGGAAUUUGAGCAACCGUCCAAUAAAUGAUGUCAUGGACUUAGGUGGCGCCGCCUAUAUAAAUGUUAUUCCUGAAACGCUUGACGUAGAUUUACCAUGUAGCCCCGAAUACGACAUCGAAGAAUGGCGUUGCGUGGCGUGGCGUGGCGUUCCGGAAAGUUCCGGACGGACGCAAGGAGAGGGGAGGUCCGGCAAGGAGGACGAAGGAGAAAAUAUAGUGCAGCAAGGCAACGACAAUGAAGAAACCAUGCUACCCCACGGCACCGAGCGGGAGGUCGGCACAGCAUCCACGCAGGCCGUCGAACAUACAUCCUGCGCGAAACCUGCGCAACCAACCAGCGCUGCACCUACUGGAUCGCGAUCGAAUGCGAAUAAACCGGACACGCGUGGGGAGAGCACGGCGGCAGGCAGGCAUGAGGCAAGGGCCGUGGAUCGGCGAGGCGCGCGCGACGCGGAAGGAGAAAUCGCAGACGCCGACACCUUGCCGGCGGGCAAGCGGCGGGAUACCCCGUUCCAUUCGAGCACCCCGGCAGCGAAGCGCCCCCUGGCAAGCCCCGAGCAUCUGUUCGCGUCCCCCGAGGACGGCGGACAGUCGCCGCCCGCGGGGAGUUGCGGCGCGGCGUCGAAGGCGGCCAUGUUGCCGGCGGCCAUGUUGCUCAGCACGACCGUGAUCGCGGCGGCAGACGCCGACGCGGCCAGCGUCGUCCAGCACAGCGUCAGAUUCUCGCAGCGUCCGCUCUCUCCCGUGUUUGGAAGCGGGAGGGGCGUUCCGGAAAGUUCCGGACGGACGCAAGGAGAGGGGAGGUCCGGCAAGGAGCCAUCAGCGGCGGACACGACUCGUUGUGAAAGUGCCAGCGGGCGGCGCGGCGCUACGGCGACGCGCGAGGUGCUACGGGUGACCCCGACUAAGGAAGCGCGAAAUCGACAAGAGAACGUCGCGUCGCCGAGUCUGUUUGUCGACUGCGGCUCACUGGAUGGCGAGCCCCCGCACUGCCAGUCGACGUCUCAGAAGCCGAUGCACGUUCUUCUGUCCAUGCUGUCGUCGCCCGGUCGAAACGUCGAAGAGUCGGACGGUGACGACGUCGUCGCCGCAUCCGCGUGCGACGCUACUAAGUUGAAUGAGACGGCCUCACCUUCGCUGUUGGUCGCUGGCCCUAAGUUAGAAAUCUCGCUCCCAGCGAGCGACGGGGCGGGUGUGUCCGGCCUGCCGGGGCAGGACGACAAUUUCGCCAAACCACUUUCAAGCAGGUUGAGCCGACUGUCUCUCAGAAAGCGCAGCCCGAAACAGUCGAAGAAGAAUCUUUCUGACUGUGAGAGCGCGAACACGAACUGUUGUUCCGACGGGACGGAAGUUGGGAAGGGGAUUCGUACCGGUAAGCGCAGCGACUUGGAGGAGAGGCACGCUUCACAAGAUAGAAGCGCUUCUCCAGGCCUGCAGAGAGUAGAGGAUGUACGGGUGAGAACUUUCAGACCGAUGAGAAAGGUCAGGGGGUCGCAGAAGAAGAUGAAGCAGACGACACUAACGCAAGAUAUGUUCCAGCAGUUGCCUAUGGCGAGGAACCACGAGCUGAGUGCAGAAGAGAGCAGAGACCUACAGCUGGCUGUGAUGGAGUCACUGCAGAGUGCCAUGGAUGAAACGAUGCUAGAUAUUGACAAGGAAGAGAAGCCUCUGAAGUCUAAGGAAAAGGUAUCGCCCAGAAUCCGAAACCCUUCAACACCUCAAACGUCCUCAGCUAUAGGAAACAAGACUCAUGCCAAUGUGGAUGCAGAUGAGACCUUUGUGCCAAGCUGCAGCAGCCUUCACCAUGGCAACCAGCCUUGCAGUGCUGCACCCAGCAUUGCGAAUGUAAUCACACCAGAAUAUCAUGCAACAGUGUCAGAACUGGAGGCAAUCCUAAAGGCUGAACAGCAAGACGACAAAUGUGAUAACGGAAACGAAAUCUUGGAUAAAUUGAGUGACAGCUUUGACUAUGUUCCCAAGAACCAGGACCUGCCCACGUACAAGUAUAAGGAGGUAGUGCGGAAGCAUGAUGAGAGACAGAAGCUAAAUGUGCACGAUUGUGCAAUGUGUGAAAAGUACUAUUCUGCGAUGGACCUCACUGCGGAGGAGAGAAAGGAGAGGAUGAAGGUGUGUAGCCGGCAUCGCGCACGCUACACCCCGCCGUCGACGCCCGACCACUACUGGGAGACAGGCUUUCCCAGCACUCAGCAGUGCAAGGAGCGAGGGUACCGAAUGGAAACACAGAAUGUUCCUCUGAGGAGCAGGAGACGGCAGAGGUAGCCAGAAAACGAUAUGUGAUAUGCUUUCAUUGAGACCGUGAUGGAAGUUUGUACAUACCGGCAGUAACGUUCCAUACUAAUUUCUAAUAUAUAUAUAAAUGGAAGAGAAAUGUUUAUAAGCGAGAGGAUUACCAAACUCAUCAUUUCCGAGGCAAAUGUGAAUGACAAAAAAAAAAAUUUGGCAAGUGUGGAGUAAUUGUGCAUUAACAUCUAUUUACAACAUGUGGUUUACAUGUAGGAAUUUUUUUUGCAUGUGUAUAAUUCCUCUAAUUGAGUUUCGGAGGUGCUCCUGAUAUAGGAGGUCAAUCUUCAAAGUGCAUAAAUCUUAUAUAUAUUUAUUUUGUUACUGUUUCUACAGUUUUCAUGUCUGCUAAAAAUCUUGAAUAAAAUGAGAAAAAGGCUGGAUUAAUACCUCGGUACAAUCCAACCUUAUAAUUAUGUAUUUUGAAAUGUGCAAUUGUGAAUAACAUUUUUGCUCGAAUUGGGCAUCUACACGAUGCUUGGGACAAAAACAUACAAAAUUCUUCAAUUCUGUAAAUUUUAAACCCUCAAAUGCUAGUCGUUUUAUUACAUUUUCCACACGUCCAAGCACGCUCAUCACGAAAAUCAUAUUCAUCAGUAGAACUAACGUAUUAAAAAAAUAGGACGCUUUUGUUCAUAAAUAUUUUUUAAGUACAUUAUGAUUUUGAGGGUGAAGUACAACCUUCACCAAUACAAUUAACAUUACAAUUAACCUCGUUUUUAGAACUGUACACUUCGUCAGUAUCGAAAUUUGCGAUCCUUAAUGCAUGCUCUGCAAUUAAAAGCAUAGACGAAGACGACGACUUCCUAUCCAUGACAAUGAGUUCUAUAAAUAGUUCUCCAAUACACAGACCCGUUACAAUGAUGUAAUAACCAAGCUGCAGAUGACGUACUUAAACGGCUUACUUUCACGUGUAGUGGCAUCCACAUUUAAACUAAUGGCAAGAGUGGAAAUCACGGCGGUCACGGCAUUUGACCAGAAUUGCGUCGGUGGUCGUGACUGGUAAGCACCAGAGUACUGGUAAUCCUCGGCAGGAAUGCGGGUUUCUCCCAAUAUAGGGACCCAUUUUUUACAAUAUCACGGUCAGAGAGUCGGACCUAAUAGCAUCACUUAUUACCGACCGUAUCACGUUUUAAUAUUUGUUCGUUAGUUUAGUCCGAGGGCAACUUCUACAUGCUCGCAUUUACAUAGUUGCUAUACACGCAAAAGAAAAAAAAAUUUAAAAGGUCCUGCAUGUUGCU